AUGGAAGACAUACAGACAAGCUAUGGGUUUAAGCUGACCUAUAAUAAGGCUUGGAGGUCUAGGGAAAAUGCCUUAAUGGCGAUGCGAGGAACUAUGGAGGAUUUCUAUGGAAAAUUGCCAUCAUACAUGUUCAUGUUGACGAAGAAUAACCCAGGCGUCUCAAUUAGAGGUUUCAAAAACUGUUUCCGUCCUAUAUUAUGUUUCGAUGUUAGUUUUCUUAAGCAAAAGGUUGAAGGUCAACUAUUGGUUGCGAUUGCAUUGGAUGCGAAUAAACAACUAUAUUAUGUUUCUUUUGGCAUCGUUGAUUCGGAGAAUAAUAACUCUUGGACAUAUUUCAUGCAACAUCUAAGAGUGAUAAUUGGAGUAGUCCCGGAUCUCGUCUUCCUAUUUGAUAGACACCCAAGUAUUUUCUAUGCUUUGUCCGCGGGUUUUCCAGAAGCACGUCACGGUGCAUUCACAUACCACAUCAAAAUGAAUAUUAUGGCCAAAUUUAAAACCGAUAACUACCAUAUUGAGUUUGAUAUGGCUUCACGCGCAUACAUAGUGUCACAGUUCCAUCAGCAUUUUGACAAGAUCAAGGCUAAAGACCCUCGGAUUGCUGCCUAUCUGGAACAAAUAGGACUGAAGAGAUGGAGUUGUACCUUUUUCACUAAUUCGUGA